UUAAACAACCUAACUAUGACAGUAACAAAGGGUACAAUUUACGGUCUUCUUGGUGCGUCCGGUUGUGGAAAAACUACUUUGCUAUCAUGUAUUGUUGGACGGCGGCGUCUCGACUCGGGAGAAAUUUAUGUAUUGGGUGGUGUACCAGGAAGCCGUCGGUCUGGUGUGCCUGGUAAACGCGUUGGUUAUAUGCCACAGGAAACCGCUUUAUAUGACGGAUUUACCAUUAAAGAAACUUUAUUGUACUUCGGAUGGAUUUUCGGCAUGAAGAGGAAAACGAUUGAAGAACGUUUAGAAGCUUUAUUGAAGUUCUUGGACUUGCCCUCGGGGAAACGUUCAGUCAAACAUCUUAGUGGCGGCCAACAAAGGCGGGUAUCGUUCGCUGUUGCCCUUUUGCAUGAUCCAGAGUUAUUGAUUUUAGAUGAACCCACAGUAGGAGUGGAUCCUUUGCUAAGACAGAAUAUAUGGAAUCAUCUAACGGCUAUAACAAAAACUAGCCAUCAAACAAUUAUCAUUACAACUCAUUACAUAGAGGAGGCAAGACAAGCGCAUAUGAUUGGUCUGAUGCGUUCUGGUCGUUUAUUAGCUGAAGAUUCACCUGAUGCAUUAUUAUCCGCUUACAAGUGCAAAAACCUAGAAGAAGUUUUUCUAAAGUUAUCACGUCUUCAGUCGAUAAAAAUUCUUAUGGCGCAACAGGAAUUCAGUGAAAUGAGUAAACCUGAAUCCAGUCGAAAAUUUCGGAAAACCCGUUCCAAAUCCUUAGGCAAAGAACAAUUACAAGCAUCAUCUGGAUCUAUCUAUUCGGUGUUGCAAGAAUUUUACGACCCACCGCGCCGUAGUAAACGUCUAAAAAAAAACACGACCGUUAAAGAAAAAUCUGAGAAAGUUAACUCAUUUAACAAAUUGCGGGCCUUAAUACUUAAGAAUUUAUUGCACAUGUGGCGGAGUCCAGGUCAAUUAUUUUUCAUGGUCCUUUUACCGGUUUUUCAAGUGAUACUCUUUUGCUUGGCUAUAGGACACAAUCCGCGUGACUUAAAUGUGGCUAUCGUGAAUGAAGAAGCAGAUAUGCGCGACACGAAAGUUUGCGAUUGGGAUGAUGGCUGUCGCUUCACUAAAUUAGGCUGCCGUUACUUAAGUCAUCUGAAUACAACUGUAAUUAAAUUAUUUUAUACAGAUUUGGAAGAAGCAAAACAUGAAGUAGUCACAGGCCGCGCUUGGGGCGCUAUAUACAUUAGGAAAGAAUUUACUGAAGCAUUUAAGACGAGAUCACUUAUCGGACAUUUGGCUGAUGAUGAAAUUCUUGAAAAAUCGGAAAUUCAAGUUUGGCUAGAUAUGUCUAAUCAGCAAGUUGGUCUUAUGCUGUAUCGCGACAUACAACUGGCGUUCCGCAAUUUUGCUGUGCUUCUUCUCGAACAAUGCGGUCAGAACCCUAAACAUGGAGAUUUGCCAAUAAGAUUUGAAGAACCCAUUUAUGGGAGUAUGGCGCCCACAUUUACAGACUUUGUAGCACCAGGUGUUAUAGUGACUGUUGUGUUCUUCUUGGCUGUUGCAUUGACGUCAUCGGCUUUAAUCGUUGAACGUGUUGAGGGUCUAUAUGAUCGAUCCUUAGUGGCUGGCGUAACAGUUUUUGAAAUUUUGCUUUCCCAUAUCAUUACUCAACUUAUGGUGAUGUGUCUUCAAACGGCGUUGGUGUUAGUGUUUAUGUUUAAUAUUUUUGGACUUGAAAGUAAAGGCAGUUUAAUAAUUUUAACGGCUUUAACUUUGCUGCAAGGCUUAUGCGGCAUGUGUUUUGGUUUUUCUAUAUCUGCCGUAUGCGAUUUGGAACGUACUGCCGUACAAGUGGCAUUGGGUUCAUUUUAUCCUAUAUUGCUUUUAUCGGGAGUAAUGUGGCCUCUCGAGGGAAUGGUGACGCCAUUGAGGAUGAUUGCGUACGGCUUACCCUUAACUUUGGCUACAGCAGCAAUGCGUUCCGUAUUAACGCGGGGUUGGGGUAUUACUGUAAUGGAUGUGUAUUUGGGGUUUGCGAGUACUUUCUUGUGGAUUUUCAUUUUCCUUAUAAUCACUAUAAUCACAAUGCGCUCCAGACAACUUUAA